GCCUGCUUUUAAACGCUAACAGCUACGAGUACACUAGUGGUCGUGGGAACGUUUGAAAUAAUCGGCACGCAUAUGUUUUUUUCAUUUAGUAUCGCACAAUGUUGCUAAAAUUGUAUUACUCGUUCGAGUAUCGAUUUACUGACGCAGCUAAAGUGACCAAAGGACUUUACGUGAAUUUGUGCUAAAUUUCUCGAAUAAAAUAUUAAAUUUUAACUACGUUGUUUACCCGUUAUUCAUUAUGUUGAAAUAGUGCUAAGUUAGUUACUCGAAGUGUUAAAACCUGCGUGGUAAAGAGCUGUCAAAAAUUAUGAAAUUUGACACCCAACCCAAUGCCACAAAUCCAGAGCACCUCCCUCCAAACUCGCCUAAGGCCGAAAUUCACCCCACUCCCAACGCAGAAACCAAUAACGAAAACAACAACAUCCUUGUUACUGAUGCAGCCAACGAGGCACCUGCAAUUGUCGCAGAAUCGGACUUAAAAAACAGCAGCUCAAUAGUCCGCAACCAAAAUUUCUCUUUCGCCAGCACCUAUCGACCCCAGCCACAUGUCAGCAGCCUUAAUAGUCGUUUCGGCAGCCCUCAAACGAUAAAUACGAGUCUAUAUCCACACAAGCCUAUUGCAUCCUUCACCGUACUCAACAACGACGACCUGUCCAGCCAAUUUGACAGUUGUAAGCCAAACGCAAUUGUGCGCCCGAUACGUCGUUACGAGCAGCGGGAUUCGGCGCUGCCCUUUCGCCAGAAUGUUGCAACUGAUGAAGAAACGCUGUGGUCCCUACAGCAAUCUCAUCGUCAAAAGAAUCGUUUCUCUUCCUCCACCAUGUCGAACAAAAUGACGCAUUUGCCCUCGGGAAGGUCAAACGACGAAGAGAUUGAAAAGUUGAGAGAGGAAUUGAAUCGGAAGCUACGUAGCCUGCAUUUAACAACAGCUCCAGAUGUGUGGACCAAGUCCAGACAAUCUUCAAAUACAAGUCAGCAAGACCACGUGAUUAAACGUCCACUCUUCAUAACAACGGUACCGACUGGUGUAUUCUUGCCACCCCCAAAAGAGCCACCCAUUCCAUGGUUUCUGAGACCGCACGUCUAUGCAUAUUCUUCACAUCCUGUGGUGUUGGCCAGCAACGAUGUCGUCACAUCCGUUGCUAGCAAGGCCAAACCUCGUGACAGCUCCAUAGCGUCAACAACGAUAGCCGCCGACAAUAAGGCGGCAACACGGCCAACGUUGAAUAGUGCAAAUCCGAGUUCGAAUACAAAUGGAAAUUUGGCUGCAACUGCGAUUUUAAAUGGCACACGGAGUGGUCAGUCGCCCCCUCGCUCUCGUUUGCCCUUAGCUGGUGGUGUACAUCUCACCAAACAACAAUUUCAGGAACAACUUCAACAGCGUCGCGCAAAAAGGGAUACUGCCCCGCAGCCCUACCGCAAUGUUAUGUACGAUCGCCGUGUAAUACGUGGAUCUGUAUUUGGUACUCAACAGCUUUUG